AUGAGUGAUUGCAUUAGUGAAUUGCCCGAUGGCGUCUUAUCUUAUCUUCUAACAAUGAUAACCAUGAAAGAUUUGUUGAAAACUAGUAUACUAUCUAAAAGGUGGUGCGAUCUUUGGGGUCUGAGAACAAAUCUUCAGUUUGAUACUAUCAAUGUUCUUGGAGACAUUGAGGAAGAACUAGUGCAAACCGGUAAUCUCAUUAAUUUGGAUAAUUAUAGAGAUGAAUUUGCAAAACGUGUGGAUCAAUUUGUUAACAAGUUUCCAGGUAGAAUGAUAGAUUCUUUGUUGGUAAAUUUUUGUUUGAAUGGUGAGCAAAGCAGCAUUAUUGAUGGAUGGAUACGUUUUGCUAUUGAAAGAGGAGCAGGAAGAAUCGAUCUACUCUUUGAAGGAGUGCUAUAUGGAUAUAGUCAUUUACAUAACUGUUAUAAAUUUCCCUUAGACUUACUUUUGGAGAUCAAUACUUCAACUCUAAAGCAUUUGCGUCUUGAACGCUGUCUUAUUAUCCAUCCCAGUUACUAUGACUUUACUCCAUUAAAAAACUUGAGGUUUCUUUCACUAAGUGAUGUAAAAGUCGAUGAAAUCCUCCUGGAAAGUUUGUUAUCCAAUUGUCGCCUUCUUGAAGAGCUUCAGUUAUAUUCAUGUCAGUUUGAAGCAUCAAUGCCGAAGAUAGCAAGUUCAUCGUUAUUAAAUCUCAAGAUUAUAGGAGGUUAUAUCUUGUCCAAGAACAAAACAAGGGUGCAAGUAGAAUUCACUCUACUGGAUUGCCUUAAACUAACUUCGUUGGAGUACCAUGCAUAUGGUUUGGAUACCAUGACCAUUAAUACUCCUAUGAUGAAAUGCAUUGACUUCUUAGUUUCAUAUGAACAAGAUCUUGACAUUUUUUCUCUCUCAAACUUUCCUCAACUUGAUAGUAUCAGUAUAGAUAUGUCAUCCACGGUUAUAACUUCUCUUAAAAUAACCCAACCACUCAAACAUCUUAAACAAUUGAACUUGAGCCUUUUAUGGGAUGGGAGCAUCUCAAAGGAAGCUGAUUAUAGUCUUUUGUGGAUUUUAAACAUCCUUCAAGCUUCUCCACUUUUACAAAAACUUUCAAUCAUGCUUACAAAUCCAAAGUUCCUUAGAAAACAAAAAGAUAUUGGAGAUAUUGAAAGAUUUUCUCACCAAGAGGUCAAAGUUAUUGAAUUAGGAGGCUGUGUUGGCAAUUGGUUUGAAAUUGAGUUUGUUAUAAAUAUUCUAAAAUAUGUUCCAAAGCUUGAGCAAAUGGUUUUGAGUCCCUGUUGGAAAGAACAUGGCACGUUGGAUUGGAUUUCAGACCCUGUGUGCUUUCAAAGUGCACGUCAAAGGAUUAGUGAAAAGCUUCAACGUGAACAAGUUGUGGCAAGAGAAAAAAUUGUACUAGUAUAA